GGAGGAAAUCACGAGGUCUAGGGGAGACCACGCCAUGGGGGUCCGUCCAAGCGAAACCGGCGGAUCCCCCGGGGUGGACUCCACCCACGGCGGCAGCGGCAGUCAGAUGGAGGAGGGGGGAGGAGGAGACCUGAAUCUCGAGUCGAACCCGACCCCUGACAUUUGCGGUGGCGGCGGUGGCGGAGUGAGUGUCUUAGCGGACAUCGCCGGAGCACGUGAGACCGGCAGGCGGCAGAGCGUCGACCGCGUGGCAGGGCAGCCACCGGCCAUCGGCAGCGGCACCUCGGACGCGCGGAACACCCUCGGCCUGGAUCGGUUGUGCACGACGGAGAAUGGAUCCGGGCAGGAGGCAACGGCGCCAUCGGAAGAGGUGAGCAUGAUCACCAGCAGCAGCAGCAGCACCAGCAGCAGCAGCAGGAUCAAAGUCCAUCGCCACCAAGCUAGCCCCGGAUCCGUCUCGCGGUGCAAGAAGAAGAUCAAGGAGGAUCGCCAUCCGCAGACGGCCACCGCCACAAGCACGGACGAGGGGGGGGUCGCCUCCCGGGAGGAGAUGAACGGUGGGUCGGGACCCCUCCCGGUGGUCACGGUGACCGAGCACGAGAGCGACCACCUUGAGCCGGACUCGAACGAGGCGGCGAGUUCGUCGGACGCGGCCGUCGGAUUCGCGGCUGCGGCGGAGACGCGCGGAUUGAGUCCCGCGGACGUGGCCGCGAGCCGGUCCCCGUCUCCGCAGCGCGUCCACUCGGCGUCCUCCUCCGACGGACUUGUGUCCUCGUCGUGCGAGGAGUCCGAGGGAGGAGGAGGAGGAGGUCAAGAGUGGCCGGGUGCUGAAGGACAGGGCCAGAGGAAGGCGGCCAAUGGAGAGUCGAACAAGCGACCCACGCACAAGGCAUGGAAGAGGAUCCAGAGCAUCAUGCACCGCACGCCGUUCAUCGUGGCUCUGAAGAAGCGCUACCCCUGGAUCCAGCUGUCUGGCCACGCAGGGAACUUCAAGACGGGGGAGCAGCAGGGCGUGGUCCUGAAGCGCUUCUGCGAGGGGGAGCAGCGCUGCCUGCGCUUGCUCAUGGGCGACGCGCUGCGCCCGUUCGUGCCCGCCUACCUGGGCGAGAUGGAGAACGACGGCGUGCGCUACGUGCAGAUGGAGGAUCUGCUCACCGACUUUCACGCGCCCUGCAUCAUGGACUGCAAGAUGGGAGUGAGGACCUACCUGGAGGAGGAGCUGGCACGAGCUCGGGAGAAGCCGCGGCUGCGCAAGGACAUGUACCAGAAGAUGGUGGCGGUGGAGCCCGGAGCGCCCACCGUGGAGGAGCACACCCAGCGCGCCGUCACCAAGCCGCGCUACAUGCAGUGGCGCGAGACCAUCAGCUCGUCCGCCACGCUCGGCUUCAGGAUCGAGGGCAUCAAGAAAAGCGACGGCUUCCUCAAGCAGGACUUCAAGAAAACGAGAACCCGCGAGCAGGUGAUGGAUGUCCUUGAUGACUUCAUAGGAAAGAAUGUGAACAUUCAGAUCCGAUACCUCGCCCGGCUGAAGGCAAUGAAGGCCACGCUGGAAGACUCCCCUUUCUUCCAAACGCACGAGGUGAUCGGCAGCUCGCUGCUCUUCGUGCACGACGGGUGCGGCCGCGCCGGCGUGUGGAUGAUCGACUUUGGCAAGACGACGCCGCUGCCCGCGGGCCAGACCCUGAGCCACCGCGACGCGUGGAGCGAGGGCAACCGGGAGGACGGCUACCUGUGGGGGCUCGACCAGAUCAUAUCGGCGCUGGAGGGGCUCGCCGAGCGGUACGCCGCGGCCAGGGGCCCCCACAGACCGGCGAGGGACGCCGCUCACGGCCGCGACGGUGGCGUUGGUGGUGACGGCGGUGGUGGUGACGGCGGUGGUGAUGGUGGAUGUUCCGUUGCGCCGAGCUGCGUGUCGGCAGAGCCGCCCUCGGCAGUGUCGCUCGCACCGGACUGCGGAGUGUAGCGGCGUGUGUCGCGGGUGUGCACGCGCGCGCACAUAGACACAAGGACAAAGAGCACCCGUAUAGCCUGAACAGACUUGUUGGGGCAAGUGCAGUUAGUGAGCACCUAUGAAGGCCGGCACUGUGGCACACGAGGGGGUGGGUGGCCAGCACCACUCCCGGUCGCCCUUUAUUCUCCCCAGUGGCGAUGUUCACACACCGCACCAGGUACUCAUUUGUGGCUGAGUCGACCUCGGGGAGGCCCAGGACCGGUUCAGAUAAUCGUCACCGGUGUUGGCUGUGAGCGGGAAUCGAACUCGGGCCACUGGGUUUGUAGCGCAGCUAGCUGACCUCUACACUACCGCUCCCCUUUAGUACGUGCGUACAAACACAUACGUGUUGCUGCGUGCCCGAACACACGACCCCUCUAUAGCCGGAGGGAGACUGUUGGGGAUAGGGCUGUUUGCUGGUCCUGCACACGAGGGACUGGCAUGGCAUGCGCCACGACCAGCCGCCUUUGUCUCCCCCAGUGCUGAUGAUUUUUUUUUUUUACAUAUCGCACCAGGUACUAAUUCAAGGCUGUGCCGACCGAAGGGAAGGCCCAGGAUUGGGUUCAGAUAGUCACCACUGAUGUCGGCCGUGAGCGGGAGUCACCGGGUUCGUCACGCGGUGCGCUAACCACAGACGCACGCGGCGAACACACAGAGACAAAGAUCCCCUGUGUAGCCUGGACAGACUGUUGGGGCAAGUGCUGUUAGCGAGCAGCUGUGAAGGCCAGCAGCUGUGAAGGCCGGCAUGGCACACGAGGCGUUAGUGUGGCCAGCACCACGCACGGCAGCCUUUGUCUCCCGAGUGCUGAUGUUUACACACCGCGCCAGGUACUCAUUUAAGGCUGAGUCCACCUAAGGGAAGGCCCAGGACCGGGUUCAAAUAUUCUUCCGGAUUCGUUGCGCAGUGCGCUAACUACUGCGCCACCACUCCGCGCUUAUGACGCACUCAUGGAUUACACGAACACAUAGUUUAUGUGCGCGCGCAUACACGCGUAUACAUACACACGCUUAUGUACUUAAAUACAUACACACGCGGCUUCAUAUUUUCAAAAACUAAAAGUUUUUUUUCAAAUGAUAGCCCAACGAAGUGGCUUGUCACGUGGACAUUUAUAGCAGCCAGAUACUCUAAAGGCGUGUUGUUGAUUCUAAA